CAUUGAUUCUAUGAAAUAUACAUUUUGUUUUACUCGAUAUAUAUAUUUAGAUUCACAUUAAAUUAUUACUGAAAUUUUAUAUUAUUUUAAUUACUGGGGUAAAUUAAUUUUUCUACUGGUGACAUAAUUAUUUAUCAUUUUAACUGGUUGAACAAGUGUGACCCUUUUUAUCAGUUUUAUUCCUUACUCAAGAAUGUACUAUUUUGAAGCUGACUGAAUUUUAUUGUGAGCCACUAGAAAUUCGAUUUCGAAAUUUUGGAUGGAACUAUUUUAUGAAUUUAUGAUGCAAAUAACAAAAUUCUUGAUAUUUUAAUCGUAUUUCUAUUUCUGACAUUGCCUUGAUCACAAUAAGACAAUUCACAAGACGUUUCCUGGUACUUCCUGGCUUAUCAACCGAGAAAAUUUUCUUCUGACUACGGACCGUAAUAAAUAAUCACCCAAUUUUCAUGUGUUUACCUGUGAUCGCUAUUUCAUUGAAAAGCUUAAAUGUUGUUCCUCAAAACAUGUAAAACACAUAAUUCAAAUCAUAUAAUGACAUUUCUUUCCCAUUUUAGAAUGAAUACUAACCUUUUGCAGCAACAUGCUGCCUUCAAGAAACAAGCUACAGCUUCCUCCUCCAAACCCACCUCCAAACCCACUGCCAAACAGUCAGCACCUCGCACAAAUGAGCCUUCCAAGAAGCGCUUCAAACCAGACACUAAAUCAGUUGCUAAUAACCCCAACACUUUCAAAUGGCUAAAAACAACCGUCGAUAGACUGAGAAGACGUUAUCAGAAGGAAAGAAAACCUGUAUCAAUUGAUGAUUUGAUAAAAAUGACAGGCCUUGAUUUGGACCCACACGAAAAAGCGUGGCUAACGAAUGCAUUGAAAGACAAUCCAAAAGUUUUGUUCGAAAGAGAAAAGGAAAAGUUUUCUUUUAAACCUUCAUAUCCGAUGCACAACAAAGACGAUUUAUUGAACAUAUUAAGAGAACAUUAUGAUAAUGGUAUGGGUGGUAUUAUGGAACUAGAUGUCAAAGAAUGCAUUUUGAAAGCUGAAGAAGUCAUCGCAGAACUUAAAUCAGAAAAUUUGUUGAAAUGUGUAACAAGAUCAGAUAAGCAAGUUGUGAUAUACUAUCGGGACACUAGUGUGGAAUGCCAGCUCAGCGAGGAUUUCAAGGAAUUGUGGAAUACCAUCAGUGUGAAGGAGAUCAGUGAAAAUGAUAUUGAGAACUAUUUGAAACGUGUAGGUAUUGCAACUAUGGAGGGAUAUGGGUUGAAGAAAAAGAAUGCUAUGAAGAAGAAGCCGGUUAAGAGAAAACGAAAUGUAAAAAUGUUGAACAGUCAUUUGGAUUCUAAGAUGCUGAAAGAAUUUGAUUGAAAAUUAUAUGAUUUUCGUUUCCUGCAGGCAUCGCUGACUUUCCCAUCAGAUUUAUGAAUUUUCAUGUAAAUUGCUGUAAUAUUUCGCAAAUUAUGAACAUUGACUAUAAUUGAACUAAA